GGUUGAGCUUCCUGGGUCAGCAAGCGGCAGCUGCUGCAUCCAUAGUGACCUGGGCGUCCGUGAGGCCUCCCCACCCCGCCCCCUGCACGCUGCAGCGGAAGCUGCCCGCACGGCCCACUUUGCAACCCGAUCCCAGGAGUGGGAGGCUAGAUCGGGCCGCAAACGCCGCCACUACUCCGCUCCGGGAGAGGUGGAGGAGGAGGAGGAGCAGGCAGCCCCGGGCUCUUUUCACUAUUAAUUCCAGAGCAGCAACUGGAAACUGCAGGACAUUGCAAAGCAAGGCUGAGCCCGAGAAAGGAACAAGCAAGCAAGCCACGCUUGCAAUCUCUCCGGAGAGAGGCUCCGAAAGGGCGGGAGCAGAAUCGGCAGGGAUGGAGCCGGGCUGCAGUCUCUCCCCGCACUUCAUUUGAGAUCCUACCCCAUCUUUAAAUGCGGAGGACGGUUGUCUGUCGUUUCAGGGGUUUCCCACAUCUGCUGAAGCGCCUGGUGACCAAAAUCAUGCAGGAAAACUACGACAACGUCAUCUCACUGGCGGAGGAGAUCGCCAUCAGUUGGCCCCGGAUCACAGCUUUCGCUGAGUCCCACAGGAGGAGAGGACUUGUGCCUGACGUAGAGCCCGAUCAGGGCCAAGCAGAACAGACCCCGAUGCACGAUUCAACGGCAGCUGGCCCCAGCGAAAGUGGGAUGAAUGCCGACCUCCGCCGGCAGCUGGGCCUCAUUCUGCAGACAGCCGGCAGGAACCAGGUGGAGAAGAUGUUGCGGGAGCUGGUGAAGGAGCAGAGCCAGGAAGGGAAGCGGAAAGCCCGGAAGAAGGCGCCAAAAAGCCCCAAGGAUGAAGCCGCUGAGGAGAACGAAGAGGAGCCACUUCAGGGGGAAAUCAGCCUGGAGAAGGCAGAGCCGCUGGGUUCCCCGUCAACGGGGAGAUCCAACAGCCCAGACGAGGCGGAAGAAGCCAGCGGUGGUCGGUGCCAGCUGGACCCGGAGGAGGGGCAGCUGCCACGAGUGCCAGCGAUCUGUCCGCCGGAGGCCAAGGCUGUCAAGAAGCUCCAAGACCGGCAGGAAAGGCCGGGAGCGUGCGUGGAGUGUGGGAAUAGCAACACGAGCGGCAGCGGGCGAGGCCACAGCACCCCGACCCCAGAGAGGCCUCACCAAUGUGGCGAGUGCGGGCGCUGUUUCCGUCAGCGCUCCAUCCUGGCCAAGCACCAGAAGAUCCACUCGGGCGAGAAGCCCUACCCGUGCACGGCUUGCGGCAAGCGCUUCAACCGCAGCUCCAAUCUGGCUCAGCACCGCCGGGUGCACACGGGCGAGCGCCCCUUCCCCUGCGCCGCCUGCGGGAAGGCCUUCACCCAGAAGUCCGACCUGGAGCGCCACCAGCGGGUGCACACGGGAGAGCGGCCCUACGCCUGCCGCGACUGCGGCAAGCGCUUCUCCGUCAGCUCCCACCUCGACCGCCACCGCCGCACCCACCGCCACGGCCUCCGGGAGGAGGAGCCAACCGCGGCUGCUGCCCCAGCCGCCCACCGGUGCCCGGAUUGCGGGAAAUGUUUUGGGCAGCGCUCGGCGCUCUCCAAGCACCGCAAGACUCACUCCGGGGAGCGCCCCUACCAGUGUGGCGCCUGCGGCAAGCGCUUCAGCCGCGGCUCCAACCUGGCGCAGCACCAGCGCAUCCACACGGGCGAGCGCCCUUUCCCCUGCGGCGACUGCAGCAAGCGCUUCAUCCAGCGCUCCGACUUGGAGCGGCACCAGCGGGUGCACACGGGCGAGCGCCCUUACACCUGCGCGCAGUGCGGGCGCGGCUUCUCCGUCAGCUCCCAUCUGGACCGGCACCAGAGGGUCCACCAAGCCCAGGCGGCUGCUGCGGCCGCCCACCGCUGCCCCGAACACAUCAAGGGGUUCCUUCUUGGGGCGGGCAGCAAAGCGGGUUUGAAACACCCUCUGUGCGGCAGCGCCAAGGGACGCUUCACGCGCAGCAGCCACUGCCUGGACUGCGGGAAGAGCCUGGGCAAAAUGCCGCCGCUGUCGCUGCAGCCGCCGGCUGAGAAGCCCUUCAAGUGCGAGGAUUGCGGGAAAGCUUUCGCCCAGCGCUCGGCGCUGGUGAAGCACCAGCGCAUCCACACUGGGGAGAAGCCGUUCUCCUGCACCGACUGCGGCAAGGCCUUCAUCCAGAGGUCGGACUUGACCAUCCACCGGCGCAUGCACACGGGCGAGAAGCCGUACCGCUGCGACGCCUGCGGCAAGUGCUUCAGCGUCAGCUCCAACCUGCUGACGCACCAGCGCACCCACCUGGGCGAGAAGCCCUACGCCUGCGGCGAGUGCGGCAAGGCCUUCAUCCAGCGCUCCGAGCUCACCAUCCACCAGCGCACCCACACUGGGGAGAAGCCCUACAAGUGCGGCGUCUGCGGCAAGUGCUUCAGCCGCAGCUCCCACCUCAACCGGCACCAGCGCACCCACAGCAACGGCAAGGCCUCGGCCGGCAGCGCCGGGACGGCCCACACCACCCUGCUGGCCGCCAGCGCUGCCAAACCUGCCGCUCCCCUGCCUGCCUCGGCCUUCUCAGCCUCCUUCGCUUCGCCUGGGCCCCUGCCCGCCCUGCCUUCCUUUCCCUCUUCUAUCUCGUCCCUCCCGAUCCCUUCUUUGGACCUGCCCUGGUCUCUGUCCUUUCCCUCUCGAGGCUUCUCCCACUCGUCCUUCUCUUCCCCUUCUCCCGGCGGGGCCCAGGCUUCAUCUCUGAUCAACUAAAUCCUGCCCGUCCUACAGCUGUACACACACUGUAUGUGGAAAGCUUCCCCCCAAAGAAUCCUAAGAACUAGUUUGUCAAGAGUGCUGGGAACUGUAGCUCUCUCCCUGUGUGCAAACGACAAUUCUAGGAUUUUUCGCGGAGGGGUGUGUGCACGUCAGAUGUGUGGUAUGUCUCCAUUUCUUGCCUGGUGCUCUCCUUUUCCAUCUAAUGGCCGCCUCUCAUUCAUCCCAGCUUCCCUGGUUAAACCAGCGCCACCUCAUGCCCCGUUACAAUUGCUUUGGCUUGAACCUGGAUCAUCUGCUCACCUGGUGAGCAUCCCUCAUCGCAGGCAAGUUUCUUCCCCUUGGCGGCUACAUUGCCUGCGAUGAAUGAUGCCACUGAAGGGAGCCAGUGACGAGUGAGGCUGCACUGUGAGAAGGAAGUUUCCCCUCUGAACCUGGAGUGUCUUAAGUUGCACAGUCUGCAAGGAGCCCUUGGCUUGACAUGAAGGUCUUUUUAAUAGGAGGGACCAUUCAGAACUUCAGACCCACCACCCUCCUGCACGAACACUGCACUGUGGACUGAAAUGACGGAGGACUGCAAAAGUUGAACCACUGUUUAUGUAGUUGGAAAGGACCGAGAGGGUCAUCUAAUCCAGCUCAAUCUUUUUCCCAAUGUGAGAUUCGAACCCAUGACCCUGAGAUUAAGAGUCUGCUUCUCUGUCAGCUGAGCUAUCCGAUUGUGUUUGGGGCUCCGUGAUCAUGAAAGCGAGUUAGUGAAACGGCGGGCUGUCUCCUGCAGGGGUGGGGGACCUGUGCGAGGUGGGCCUAAUGGGAGCUGGAAUUCAAUCACAUCUGGAGGGUCAAAAAUUAGCCGCCCUUGCCCUGCUGCCCACACACCCUUUCAUCCUGUACUUCUCAUUCCUCCUGUUCACGAACGAAUCCAGCCUUCUUGGUGAUCUUCAGAAGUUUUGGACUACAACUCCCAUCAGCCCCAGCCAGCAAAAAUAUAGUGUAGUCCAAAAUAUCUGGAGGACACCAGAUUGGCAAAGGUUGACAUAACCUAAUGCAGAUGAGCUUGCCCCAUAUGACUCAUUCACACAAGGGGUUUUUUUAAGCAUGAAAAAGAGGAGGAUUGGAUUCUUCUAUGAUUCUAAACUGCAUUUAAAGAACGGGAGGCAUGAUACUCUUGAUUAAUCGAGACCAUAGAGAGGUUCCAUAAUGUAGAAGCAGCAUGGAAGGCAGGAGAAAGGACUGUGAGUCCAAGGUUUGUUAAAAGGAAGCCAGCAUAUAUUCAGGCUACCUUUUGAAGUCUGGAAUAGUGAGUCUAAGUAGCUUCAGCUUUCAUGAAAAAGGUCCCUGUUUGCACCAUCCAUUUAAACGACUGUUCUACCCUUUUAAACAGCCAUCGUUUCCCCAAAAGAACCUGAGAACUGUAAUUUGUUAAGCGUUGAGAGUCAUCAGGAGACCCCUGUUCCUCUCACAGAACUAAGAUUUCCAGAGUCCUGGAAAGGACAACUGACUGUUAAGCAACUCUAGGAAUCAUAGGUCUGAGAGGGGAAUAGGGAUCUCCUGACAACUCUCAGAACCCUUAACAAACUACAAUUCCCAUGAUUCUUUUUUUGGGGGGGGGGCGGAGAGAGCCAUGAUUGUUUAAAGUGGUGUGAUACUGCCUUAAAUGUAUCGUGUAGAUGGGGGUCUUAGAAACUGGGAUUAAAAAUAUAUAUACCUGAUUAAUCUGGAUUAAAAGAUUGUCAAACACCUCCCUGGAUUAGGGCGCAGCUGCUGGGGGUGGGGUGGGGGGGCUGUAUAAUCCUGCGUCUACCCUGAUGGUUUUAUUCCGCAAUUUGCAGACUUCUGCCUCUUCUUUUCCCCAAUUCUGCUACCUCCCAACUCUUCAUUUCUCUUCUUCAUCCUGCCUGAUUCCAUGCAUAUUUACUUGGAUACAAUCCGCAGUGAGUUCAGUGGGCUUACUUCCAUGUAAGACGAGGUGGGGAACUUGAGGCCCUCCAGAGGCUGUUGUACUGCAACUCCCAUGAGCUCUCCAGCCAACAUGGCCAAUUUAUCGUGGGCGAUGGGAUCUGUAGUCCAAUAGCCUCUAGAAGGCUGCAGGUUUCCUCAGCCCAGAUAAGUUUUCAUAGGCUUGCACCCAUUAGCACAUCUGUAUCUCAUUCCCUUUGGCCUUUCCAACGUCUUCAUCGGAUGCCUCUUCAGUUUGGCAAUAUCUACAUCAGUGGUUUGGAUUGCUUUAGUAGCCAUUUUCUGCUCCCCAAGGAAGGUCUCAUUGACACGAGCAGAAAGCUGAAGAGAAAACAUACAAUAUAGUCGAGUUCUGAGGCUGUACGCUUCAGCUUAUGAGAGGGGAAUCACAGUUUUUUAAAAAAAUGCACACCUAUCUGAGGGAUUUCUUGCUGUUAGAAUGCAACAAAAGCAAAGGCGAGUUAGAAACUUUCUCCUUAUACCCUAGUUGUGUUUUGUGUGUGUGUGUGUGUGUUUUUAGGAAGUGGUACAGCUCCCACUUCAGUCUCAUUUCCCCACCACAUGAGGAGACCAGGCCAAAGCCUAAAUUUUCCUGAAAAUUUCUCAUAACAAAGUACCCUUGCCAAACUACAAUUCCUGGGAUGGGGCACCCUGACGGUUCAGAACCACUUUAAUGUAGAUUUGCCUUCCUUGGUGUUCCUAACACCAGACUGGCUUCGCUUUUAUAUUUGUAUUUUCUUGCUUUUGGGGGGGCCUUCGUGCUGCUGGGAAAGGCAGACCUCUCACACUGUUAUCACCAACUCGGUGCUGUUAAUGUUAUGGUGCAUCUGUAGAAAGGAAACAUGGAAGACGUGCUGCUUGGGGUGGGGGGGUGGGACGGGUCUGUAGGGUUUUCAUACUGGCGGAGACCAAAAAUACAACGUAUUGUGUUUGACCGGUUGCUGCUGAAAGGACAGAGGCAGGUAGCAAAUUAUGUGCCUUGUCUCCAGACAUCUCUGCCAUCUCCAACCUGGAGAAGAUUACUGCCGUUGACUUGAAGCUAUCUGCAUCUGGGGCAAAGGGAAAAAAAAUUAAGUACAUUGCAUUAAGAGAUCUCCGCUGGGAAAAGUUUUCCCAAUUCUACCAAGUUCAAAAGGCUUCACAGUUCGUGGUACUCAUGAAUUGUGCAUUUCAGCAAAUCAAAAUGUUGACGAGCAUCUUUUCACACACACACGACAUCCUUUUUAUUGUUGGUAUUAUUAAUAUUAUUGUUUGUGGUGUUGGUUUUUUGUUUUUGUAUCGAGUGUAAAACUGGCUGAUUUUUAUUGUUAUUGAUGCUGAUGAGGUUGGGGAUUUUUUGCGGGGGAGGGGUGGAAUUUCUAAACUGUGAAGAAAAUAAAAAGAGAAGACACGGAA